AUGGAUUCAAUCCUGUUACGUGAACUUGGCAUUUCCCUUUCCGGUCCACCGCUCAUUUCAUGUGACAACAUUGGAGCCACAUUCUACUGUGCUAAUCCUGUUCUCCAUUCUCGCAUGAAACAUAUUGAUAUUGAUUUUCAGUUUGUCCGGGAUCGCGUUAAUAGUGGUCUUCUUCAAGUUUCACAUGUUUCUACUGUUGACCAACUUGCCGACGCCCUCACCAAACCACUUCCACGUCUGCGUUUUCAGCUUCUCCGGUCCAAGAUCGGUGUCUCCGAUGGGACCACCGUCUUGCGGGGGCGUAAAAGGGAACCUUCAUCAAAGGAAAUCAUCUCAUCAUCAACGCAAUCAUCUGCAAUCUCUCAUCAAAGAGGAGCUGGUCUAGGAGCAGUAUUUGGAGCGCUGCUUGAUGGCGUUAUAGCAGUGACGUCGAAGGCUACAAUGUUUGAAACCCACCUCAGAGAUCUAAAAUGCACCCUGGACUUGUUUCAACAAGUGGAUGAAGAUGUAAGGCAACAUCCCAACAUAUUGUUUCGCCCAAUGCAGGGCCUAGAAAAGUUUGAAAUACAAAUGAAGAAGGGUGUUCAGCUCGUUGAAAAGUGCUCCAAGGUUCGUCCAUGGAAUAAGCCUAGGUACACCAGAAAACUUAUUGCAUUGGAUGCAUCUCUUAGAAGACUGUUAAGUGUACUGACAGCGCACAUAGCAAGUGACCAGAGGGGUCGGGUUAUCAAUGUGGCGACAGUGGUGAACCAUAUCGAUGCGAAUAUUGCUGCACAAAACCAAAAUGUAAAUCAAAUUAGAGGUUGGUCUGCAAUACCUGAGCCUCCACCCUUUACAGUUGGAUUGGAUGUGCAUGUGGAGGAGUUGAAGUUGGAGCUUCUUAAGGACGAGGCAUCAAUGCUUGUGGUGACUGGUCUUGGAGGAUGCGGGAAAACCACACUGGCACAAAAGGUUUGCGAAGAUCAGAAAGUCAAAGAUUUAAAUGGCCACAUGGUGACUGCUUUCUUUUGUUCUACUUGGGCAGAGAAAUUCGGGAGCAAUAUCUUCUUCGUCAUUGUUUCAAAGAACACCAACUGCCUUGUUGUACAAGAACUGUGUCAAAAAACGGGAUCCCUGGUACCAGCUCUCCAAGAGGAAGCAAUUGCCUUUAACUGGCUGCAAGAAUUUCUGAAGAAAACAGGACAGGAUCCUCUACUUUUGGUCCUGGAUGAUGUAUGGCUAGGAUCAGAAUCCCUUCUUGAUAAGUUCGGUGAAUUCAAAAGGCCAAAUUACAACAUUUUGGUGACAUCAAGAUUUCAAUUUCCAAGAUUUGGCCCUGCAUAUCCAUUAGGAACAUUGGAACAAGGAGAUGCAAUGACUCUUUUUCGUCAUGCAGCAUCCCGACCAGAUAGGAGCUCUGAUAUACCGGAAGAUCUAGCAAAACAGAUAGUUCAGCUCUGUAAGGGAUUUCCACUUGCCAUUACAACAAUCGGAAGAUCAGUUUGCGAACAGCCAACAGAGAUCUGGAAGAAAAGAGUAGCGGAAUUGUCUAGAGGUUCUUCUAUUCUUGAUUCUGAGGAUUAUUUGUUUGCUUGCCUCAAAAGUAGCUUAGAUGCCUUGGAUGAACGGUUGGCUGUCAUCAAGGAAUGCUUCAUUGAUCUUGCUUCAUUUCCUGAAGACAGAUGUAUCCCUGCUGUUGCUCUCAUUGAUAUGUGGGCAGAGUUAUAUGGGCUAGAUGAGGACUUUAGGUCCAUUGCACACAUCCACGAGCUAACCAAUCGUAAUUUGGCCAAUCUAGUUACAAGGAAUGGGAAGAUGGAGAUGGAUGGCUAUUACAGUGAACACUUUGUUACCCAGCAUGACAUGCUUAGAAAUCUUGCUAUCCAUCGGACUGGUCAAGAUGAAAUUGGACAGGAGAAAAGGCUGAUUAUAGAAAUUUGUGGUGACAAUCUCCCUAAUGGGUGGACAGAACAGAAGAAUAAACCCAAGGAGACCCGCUUAUUGUCUAUCUCAACUGAUGGAUUGUCCUCGGCAAAAUGGCACGACAUGCAUCUACCAAAAGCUGAGGUUGUAGUUCUGAAUUUUCAGACAAAGAACUAUGUUCUGCCCAAGUUUGUGAAGAAAAUGUCCAAGUUGAAGGUUCUAAUAGUCACAAAUUGUGGUGUCUUACAAGCUGAUUUGAGUAAUUUCAAGCUUUUGGGUUCUUUGCCUAAUCUGAAGAGAAUAAGAUUGGAGCGCAUUUCAAUUCCUUCCAUAAGCAAGAACUCCGUGCAGUUGAAGAGUCUGCAGAAGAUAUCCUUAUUCAUGUGCAGCAUCGGUCAAGCUUUUAGCAACUCUUCCAUCCAAAUCUUAGAGGCAUUUCCAAAUCUAGUGGAAAUGAACAUAGACUAUUGCAAUGAUCUGGUGGAAUUGCCUGCCAAGCUCUGUGAUCUUAUCCGCCUAAAGAAGCUCAGUAUUACCAAUUGUCAUAAGCUAUCUGCCUUGCCUGAAGAGAUUGGAAAGCUGGUCAAUUUGGAGGUAUUAAGGCUAAGGUGCUCCACAGAGUUGGAAAGGCUUCCAGGCUCGAUUAAGAACCUAAAAAAGUUAAGCUUUCUUGACAUAUAUAAUUGUUUGAGCAUUAAGAACUUGCCUGAAGAGAUUGGUGAAAUGAGUGGUUUAAGAAAGAUCAACAUGGGACAAUGCUCAAGACUGCAAGGGUUGCCUCUAUCAGUUUUGAAUCUUGGGGAGUUACGGGAAGUGAUAUGUGAUGAAGAGACAGAAAGCUUGUGGGGGGAGCCUUUCAAAUCCAGUUUCAUAAACAUAAACAUAACAGUGGCAAAAGAACAACACAACCUUAAUUGGCUCUACAACAAGCCUUGA